UUUUAAGAGAUAUAUAUAUAUAUAUAUAGUUUAUUGCUUAUCUCAGAUAUAAUAUUUGGAGUUUAGACAUUAACCGUAAUAAUGAUCUGUACAGUAGCCGAGCUGAGACUAAAUGUCUUUACAGUAGAGUCUGAACCAGAAGAUACAGCAGCUAAAUAGCCUACGUUUGGAUUGAAUGGGAUUUACGGGAGAUUUGCAGUGGAACGCUGUUUUAUAAUGAAUGGGGUUUUUAUUGGUGCGCGUGCUUCUAUAAUAAAUUACGUAGGUGACUGGAGCUGGUUCUUUGACGCGGCGUGGCCUGCGGUUGACGGUGAAGACGGACUCAUGUAGACCACAAGUGUCCUCAGGCACACGGUGAUGAUAACCUUAUUAUUUUUUACAAAGUAUACUUUUCCGGUGACUUUAGCGGCGUGGCCGCUAUUUAAUCCCCUAUAUUUAAUAUAUUUAAUUCCCUAUAGUUAUCCUUGCUGCGAAAAUGACGUUCAACCCAGGCUACAGUAGAGUGCUAGCCGCAUCGGAUGGAGCCCUCUUCUUCUCAGUCUCAAACAUCGGUCAAUCCGAUGCACCAUUUCCUUAUGUUGAGGCCCCAGUUGAUGGAUUCUGACAUGGACUAUGAGAGGCCAAAUGUUGAGACUAUCAAGUGUGUGGUGGUAGGGGACAACGCUGUUGGGAAGACCCGCCUUAUCUGUGCCCGGGCCUGUAAUGCCACACUCACUCAGUACCAAUUGCUUGCUACACAUGUACCCACUGUCUGGGCCAUAGACCAGUACAGAGUUUGCCAGGAGGUUCUGGAGCGAUCUAGGGAUGUGGUGGAUGACGUCAGUGUGUCGCUGCGGCUCUGGGACACGUUCGGGGACCAUCACAAGGACCGACGCUUUGCGUAUGGAAGGUCAGAUGUGGUGGUUCUGUGUUUCUCCAUCGCCAACCCCAACUCCUUGUACCAUGUGAAAACCAUGUGGUACCCUGAGAUCAAACACUUCUGCCCCCGGGCUCCAGUCAUCCUGGUGGGCUGCCAGCUGGACCUGCGCUACGCUGACCUGGAGGCAGUCAACAGGGCACGACGGCCACUAGCAAGACCCAUUAAAUACAAUGAGAUUCUGCCUCCAGAGAGGGGCCGUGAGGUGGCCAAAGAACUGGGAGUGCCGUACUAUGAGACCAGUGUUGUGGCUCAGUUUGGAGUAAAGGAUGUAUUUGAUAACGCCAUCCGGGCCGCCCUAAUCUCACGACGUCACCUGCAGUUCUGGAAGUCACACCUGCGCAACGUGCAGCGGUCCCUCCUCCAGGCCCCCUUCCUGCCUCCCAAACCCCCACCACCCAUCAUCACUGUGCCACCUCCCCCCACCACCACUGAGGAGCAUCCUGGCCGUCUUCUAGAGGACCCCCUGUGUUCCGAUGUCAUCCUGGUCCUACAGGAGAAGCAGAGAAUCUUUGCCCACAAGAUCUACUUGGCCACGUCCUCCUCCAAGUUCUAUGACCUCUUCGUCCUGGACGCCCGGUCUGAGGAGACCGAGCGGCCCCCUCGCGCCACCGCUCUGUCUGGCCGUGAGAUGCUGAUGCGUGCUGCCAGCUUCGAUGUAUGUGAGAGCCCUGACGAAGGUGACAGGGCCAACCUGCGGGCCUGCACCAGUGACGGCACCCUGAGGGACUCUGAAGGGGGCCGGAGAGGCAGACUGCUGUCUACCUGGAGCAGGGCUUUUGUCAGCAUCCAGGAGGAGCUGGUGGAUGACCCAGUGACCUACAGCCCCAGGCCUAUGACCGUGGUGCACAUGGACCAGUCCAUGCAGCUGGGGCCCUUCCGCGCUGUGCUGCGCUACCUGUACACUGGUCAGCUGGACGAGCACGAGAAGGAGCUAAUGCACAUUGCACACAUUGCUGAGCUGCUGGAGGUCUUUGACCUGCGCAUGAUGGUGGCCAAUAUCCUUAACAACGAGUCCUUCAUGAACCAGGAAAUCACCAAAGCCUUUCAUGUACGGCGCACCAACAGAGUCAAAGAGUGCCUGGCCAAAGGCACCUUUUCUGAUGUAGUGUUCAAGCUAGAUGAUGGAACGAUCAUGGCCCAUAAGCCCCUGCUCAUCUCCAGCUGUGACUGGAUGGCAGCUAUGUUUGGGGGGCCCUUUGUGGAGAGCUGCACCAAAAAAGUGCUGUUUCCUAACACGACUCGCAGCUGUAUGAGGGCUGUGCUGGAGUACCUGUACACUGGGCGUUUCUGUUCCCGCACUGACCUGGAUGCCAUGGAGCUCAUUGUUCUUGCCAACCGUCUUUGCCUCCCACACCUAGUUGCACUAACAGAACUCUACACAGUGACAGUCCUGAUGGAGGCUGCUAUGAUGGGGGCUGAUAUUGACGGAGAUGUGCUGUUAUACCUGGAGAUGGCUCAGUUCCAUUGUGCCCAACAGCUAUCUGGCUGGUGCCUUCACCACAUCUGCACCAACUAUAAUAGUGUGUGCCGCAAGUUUCCUCGAGACAUGAAGGCCACGUCUACAGACAACCAGGACUACUUUGAGAAACACCGCUGGCCACCAGUGUGGUUCCUGAAGGAGGAUGACCACUACCAGAGAGCAAGGAAGGAGCGGGACAAGGAGGACUACUUGUACCAGAGGAGGCAGUGUAAACGCAAGUGGCUCUUCUGGAACUUUCCCUCUUCUCCCUCUGCCAACUCCGCCUCUUCUGGUUCCAAUGCUGUCGUCUGAUUGGCACUCAGGUUACAGGCAAGGCCCUCUGGGGAUCUGUAGAGAUGGCUUGGGAAAGUGGAGAAUCAGCACUGUUGGCCAGACGCUAGGCCCACUCAUUCAGGCCCUCACCUCUCCCUCCCUCAUUUCUGUUUUGCAUCUGCAGCCAAGCUACACUCCCCCAGGUUUGCAGGGUCAGCUAAAUCCGAUAAUGAACGUCAUUAGUCUCUUUCUUUUUGUGUUAGCAUAUCCAUGCAAAGACAAUGAAGCUCAAAUCUUAAAGAUCAGUGACUUAAACCAUAUGAACAAGGCAAGGUAGGUGGUGCUGGUGACUGCUCAAUAUGUUGUUGAUAUUCCUGCAUACACCACCAGAGGGAGAACUGAGCAAGUUAUGAAGGGCCUUGGCUUCAAGGUAUAGAACUGUGAUCCUAAGCUCAUGAUAACCAUUGACUGACUUGAAUUGACAACCAAGUGCUUAUCAGCUGCAACAGACAUAGCAAAGACCAAUAACCAGCAAAGUAACACAGAAAUCAAAUCUCAGUGAUAACACUUUCUUGCCCUUAAGUGUUUGCACAAUCUACCAAACCAGGAUGUGUACAGUACAAUUAUAAUCACUCAACCAGAAAUAUCAACAAAAUGCAUUAGGUCUGCAUUAAGAUGAAUCUAUUCAAGUCAUAUAGGACAUCCCCUUAGAUCAUCUGCCUACUGGAAACCACUAAGUCUGUACAUAAUUACGACUUAAAUGACAACAGCGGAGAUUUGACUCCUGUCCUCUUUUGUACAGUUAUUGUAUCUUGCAUUUUUCUGUACAACUUGCACAGCUGACAUUGAUGUGAGUGUAUACACGGCCCCUGUGUUGUGACGUAUGGCUACAUGUCAGAAAAGGGCUUUCUUUUACACAGCCACGUUUGUCUUUUGACAAGAUGCAAGAGAACCUGAAUCACAGAGUAUUGUUCAGCAUUUGCUUUUGAAACGCCAACAAACAUAAACAAAGCUCACCACACUGUGUUGCAACAAUGGAAUAGCUUUGCACUACCAAGUUUCCUUUUCCUUAAAAUCGGCAAUUGUACCUUAUCAGGACAGUCUGAUAUAAUUAUCCACAUAUCUUGGACCCCACAGCUUUAUGGUGAAUGCCACUAUCAACCGCACGUAUCUUGGACCCCACAGCUUUAUGGUGAAUGCCACUAUCAACCGCACGUAUCUUGGACCCCACAGCUUUAUGGUGAAUGCCACUAUCAACCGCACGUAUCUUGGACCCCACAGCUUUAUGGUGAAUACCACUAUCAACCGCACGUAUCUUGGACCCCACAGCUUUAUGGUGAAUGCCACUAUCAACCGGACCAUUCCACAUUAUAGCAAUGGAUCUGGUGCAUUUCAGAAACCAAUAGGCCAACUCUUGGACUUGGAGAAUCCACAUGUACAGCAGUUCCCCUCUUGGACGGUGGUGUCUUAGCCUUGUCUGUCUGUAAUAGCAAUGACCUUGCCUUUUAGAAGUUUGACAUUAUGCUUAUAGGGUAUCCCUGUGAUUGCAUGUCAUUGGUCAUUUCAGACGUACACAUACAGGAGACUGUCUCGUGUCUGGGUCUCAUCAUUCAUCUAUAAACUCCUCCUCACACCCUGCUACUGGACUCUUCUCAAGAGAGGUGAGAGCACCACCUGUAUGUAUCAGCAUUCUGAUGAGAAGAGCACCGAGGCCAUUACACUACUGGACACACAUGUCUGACAAGCUUCAAACAGUCUAAAUGAGCUUGGAGAGAUGAUCAUAGGAUGAGAAAAAUAACAGCACUACAAGACAAUCCUCGGUGUACGCUGAAGAGAUAUCUGAAGAGGACGUUUAUAUCCCUGUUGUCAUUUCAUCAACGACAACCCACAGUAUUGUUUUGAUUUAAAAGCAUGGUGCUCAUUCUUUAUUGUGAGUAUUUACAGCAGGUGUAUAUCAAAAGUGGAUCACCGAUUUCUAGCAACACUUUACAUGAAGUUGUCCCCAUUGCAGUGCCCUGGAAUUACUAUGGAAUGCAGGUGGUGACCAGAAUUAAUAACAAAACUUGACUUGUUUCACACACAUAAUUAUGAAUGCUGCUAACUUAUCAAGGAAAUUGAAAAUCCAUGUUGUUUUGUCCUAUUUGGGCAACUUAUUGUAAGGUGUGAUAGUCUACUAGAUUUUGUUUGUUUUAUGGAUAUUUUUUUCAGAUUUCUCCAGUGCUUGUUCUGACCUCUGGUUACAUGUAUGGUAUGCAGGCAAACUGCUUUCAGAUCAAAAGAAGUGGCUCAAUGGCUUGAGAAGGAAGAUAUGACAUGGAGCACCCUUCUAGCCAAUAUACAUUAUUGUGAAGAAUUUACUUGUAAAAAAAAUAUAUAUAUAAAAUAAUAGAUUGUAGACAUAGCUUUCUGUAAGAUAAUGUAAGUUACUUGUAGGAUAUUGUUCUCCUUCAUGCACUUAGAAAAUAUAGCCUACAUCCCUUAUGACAUCACUAAAAUGAGCUUUACAGUAAUUUAAAUGCAAUGAAUCCACUUAACAUGAUAUCUCAGAAUGUUGUUUAAAUGCUCAAUUAUACAAAUAGACUGCAUGUACAAGGCUCAUAUAGAUGUGUAAUCUGUCAUUUAAGGUGUAGAUUAUGGCAGUGCAGGAGCACAAGGCAGUAGCUUUACAUUUUUAGAUCAAGUUCAUAUGUGAUUUGUUGCUAUAAUCUAAUUGAAAAAGGCAGGUUUGACAUAUGUAUCUUGUAAAAGGAUGAAUCACUUGGCAUACCAUCCCAACUCCUAAUCACUUGGAUCAUUCUGUAUUGCACUGGACAUCAGAGUAUGUAGGCUUGUUUGGUCGUCAAUGUUCUGUUUUUACCAAGUAGUGAAAUUAUUCAAUGUUUUGGAAUUGUUGGUCUGUAAAAUGGUUUUGUUGUGUUUGAUCAAAAUGGUAAAUGUAUCAAUGAACCACUGUCUCACUUUGAAAUAUUGUAUUAAUCAUAUUUUUAGCAAAUUUACCCUUAGAAGAUUUAUGUUUUGAUUCAGACCUUUGUUCCUUUUUUUCUGUGUUGUCCAUUCCAUUUGACAAUGCACAUUUACAUGCUGUGGUUGAAAUGCAUUUGAGUUUCUAUCUCAAUUAACCCUCUUCUGCUAAUGCACUGCAUCCUAGAAGACACCUCAUGCCUUAAUGUAUAGUGUGUGAGAGACAUUGAAUGUAGAUAUUGUUACUGUGGUCACUAGUUUGUGUGUACUAAAGAUGUGUCGAUGUACCAUGGUACUGAAGGCUUUGUUUAUGUGUAAGUGUACAUAUCUUGAGUGUGGCAUUAAUGUGUGUACACUUGAAAGCAUCAUGAGCCUGUGCUUUUGUUAGUUUAGACAGUGUUUUCGUUGAAUAUUGUCAUGCUCUGAAUGGAAUGUUUAGUAGUAAACCACUUUUCACCACACCAAUAGACUAACACGAUGACAAGCCCACUCUAAGGAACACAUUAAUCAAUUACAAAAGUCAGCACAUCCCCAUCAAAUUAAUGAAGCGAAUACCAAUUCUAAUUUGUUUUCUGAUCAUUAACUUCACUAUGGAGAAAUAUCAGUAUUAUCAUUACAAUGGAUGGCAUUGACUUGGUGUGGGAAUUAGAAGUUGGAUUAUAAAUCAAAAACAUAGAUAAUGGCCAAUUGUUUUACAACUGUUAUAAUGUGGCCGAGCUGUACAUAUUUCAGCAUAGAUACUGGCUGAUUUUGUACACUAUGCAGGACAUAGGCACACCAGUGUCGUUUAAACCAUAAAUGCACAUUGCAUUAUGUAGACUGAGAGCCUUAGCAACCUCAGGUGUUAAUUGCAAAUAUAUUAUGACUAGAUAAAAAUAAAAGUUCUAACUCAGAACUUUUAAAGCCCUUUUCCAUGUGUUUAGGUGCUAUAUCACCGCUGCAGAGAAGCACAAACCAAAGGGAGCUUGUAGCAGUACCAGGACACCAAUCUGCUGCACAAUCAGUUGCAUAGUUAGAAACAAGACUUGUAUUGAAUGGUUGAAUUCAAAACUUGAAUCUUUUCUCAGUGUUUAUAGCCUGGUCUGACAUUUUUGCUCGUCAACAGGUAUUUAUUUUUGUUGUUCUGGAGAGUUACAGAUGUUUAUAUUGUUUGUUAGGAGAUGUAGAUCUUGAGUUCUGUAGCAUGUGUUCUUGAAAUUUGUAAAUAGUGUUUAUGUAAUAAAUAUAAAGUAGCAGCCUGCA